UGAGGGGUCACUCAAGGUCCUGAGGGUAAAGCACCUAGCCCAGGGCUCAGCCCACACUGAAUGCCCCAUAAAUGAAGGCCCGUCCAACAGGGUCUCCUCCCCAGGGAGGCUGUCCCCUGUGUCAACAAAGAGCCAAACUCUGUAAAAUAUUUGAAGACAUUUAUUCUGAGCCAAAUAUGAGGGAUCAUGACCUGUGACACAGCCCCCAGGAGACCCUGAGAACAUGUGCCCAAGGUGGUCAGUGCACAGCUUGAUGUUACCCAUUUUAGGGAGACAUGAGACAUCAAUCAAAUAUAUUGAAGAUAUACAUGGGUUUAGUCCAGAAAGGUGGGCAACUGGAACUGGGGGCUUCCAGGUUAUAGGUGAAUUUAAACAUCUUCUGGUUGGCAAUCGGUUGCAAGAGUUAUCAAUAGAAAGGAAUGUCUGGGUUAUACGGGGUUGUGGAGACCAGGGCUUUAUCAUCAGAUGAAGCCUCCAGGUAGCAGGCUUCCGAGACAAUAGAUGGUAAAUGUUUCUCAUCAGACUGAAGGCCUGUGUUGAUGUUAACGCUGGCUGUUCCAGAGUUCUGAAGGGAGGAGGGAUAAUGAGGCUAUCCAACCCUUUGCUGUCAUGGCCUGAACUAGUUUUUCAGGUUAACUUCAGAAAGCCCUUGCCAAGAGGAGGGUUCCACUCAGAUGGCUGGGGGGCCUUAGAAUGUUACUUUUGGUUUACACCGGAACAGCGCCUGCCCCUGUCCUUUGCAGCACCUGCUAAUGAUCUGUCAGUGACGCUGUGACCAAGGCUCAUCACCCUGCCGGCCGUGGGCCCCAGAGGGCGGCACAGCUUCUAUAGGAGCACGGGGCCCAGGGAGGAGCCCUCAUCCUUGGCUGGAAGGCCGAGGCCUGGAGGAGUCUGGAGAAAGGGUCUCCCUUGUCUGGCCUUGCACUGUGAGGUGGGGGAGGUGGGAGAGGCAUAAUCUGGGUCUUGAGGACGUUUCAGCCCUCAGCCCGGGGUGGCUGAGAUAUGGCCCUGGGUAGGCUCUGUCCUCCAGAGGUGGAAAGAAGGACAAAGGGAGAGGGAGGUGCAGGUCGCUCAGGGAGGAGACUCGGACCUGCCCAGCCCCGGGGCCCUCACUGGCUCCAGGAAACCCGCUGGUGUUGACUGUGGGCAGUCCAGCCUCUCCCCAUUUGAGGCCAUAUAAAGUGACCUGAGGCCCUCUCCACCACAGCCCACCAGUGACCAUGAAGGCUGUGCUGCUUGCCCUGUUGAUGGCAGGCUUGGCCCUGCAGCCAGGCACUGCCCUGCUGUGCUACUCCUGCAAAGCCCAGGUGAGCAACGAGGACUGCCUGCAGGUGGAGAACUGCACCCAGCUGGGGGAGCAGUGCUGGACCGCGCGCAUCCGCGCAGUUGGCCUCCUGACCGUCAUCAGCAAAGGCUGCAGCUUGAACUGCGUGGAUGACUCACAGGACUACUACGUGGGCAAGAAGAACAUCACGUGCUGUGACACCGACUUGUGCAACGCCAGCGGGGCCCAUGCCCUGCAGCCGGCUGCCGCCAUCCUUGCGCUGCUCCCUGCACUCGGCCUGCUGCUCUGGGGAUCCGGCCAGCUAUAGGCUCUGGGGGGCCCCGCUGCAGCCCACACUGGGUGUGGUGCCCCAGGCCUCUGUGCCACUCCUCACACACCCGGCCCAGUGGGAGCCUGUCCUGUUUCCUGAGGCACAUCCUAACACAAAUCUGACCAUGUAUGUCUGCACCCCUGUCCCCCACCCUGACCCUCCCAUGGCCCUCUCCAGGACUCCCACCCGGCAGAUCGGCUCUAGUGACACAGAUCUGCCUGCAGAUGGCCCCUCCAACCCUCUCUGCUGCUGUUUCCAUGGCCCAGCAUUCUCCACCCUUAACCCUGUGCUCAGGCACCUCUUCCCCCAGGAAGCCUUCCCUGCCCACCCCAUCUAUGACUUGAGCCAGGUCUGGUCCAUGGUGUCCCCCGCACCCAGCAGGGGACAGGCACUCAGGAGGGCCCAGUAAAGGCUGAGAUGAAGUGGACUGAGUAGAACUGGAGGACAGGAGUCGACGUGAGUUCCUGGGAGUCUCCAGAGAUGGGGCCUGGAGGCCUGGAGGAAGAGGCCAGGCCUCACAUUCGUGGGGCUCCCUGAAUGGCAGCCUCAGCACAGCGUAGGCCCUUAAUAAACACCUGUUGGAUAAGCCA